AUGUCCUUCGCUUACCCCGAAGGCGAAUGCUUCUUCAAGCGGUCCGGGAUCCGCUCCUCCACCUAUGACCCGGACAAGCCGGAGCAUUUCUACGGCCACCUCCUGGUGGAAUAUAUCUGGAACCGCGCUGCAUUCAACGAUGAGGCGGCUUACUACACGAAGGACGUCCAUUACCAUCCACGCUCUGCCUACCGGGUAGUCAAGGGCGACUGGUGGGACACCAAAUAUGGAAACUGGACGAAUAUCCACUUCUUGUACGGGAAGAAGCCCUACAGUGACGCAGAAAGGUAUCGGGCAGUGGAACACAACCUCUGCGUGAGCGGGAAUCGGUUCCGCGACCAGGCCAAAGGGGGUGCGUUUGAGUCCUGGUUUAUGAUCCUGCCGAUGCCCCUCUUAGCCAAGGGGGAGGAGUGGUUUCUUGUUGAUCGCACGGCGUGCAUCCGGGGGAUCUACAUUCCCAUCGCGCAACAGGCCUCGGAGGACUACCCGGACGUGUGCACGUUCCUGCAGGUGAACUUCGCCAUCCCGCGGCAGAUCACGGUCACGGUCCACCCGGCCGUCGAUAGCCACGAUAAGCUCGACUGGGUGGGCGCGCAAACCACGGGGACCAUCAACCUCGAUGCCACGCUAGGGCUGGCCCCGGACGCUCAAUGGACGAUGGCAGUCAACGUCCGCCAGCUCGUCAACCUCCUCUCGCUACCGCGGGCCUUACGCGGCCACAACUGCUUCUCCGCCCGCAUCAUCCGCAUGGUGGACCGCAAGCUGACCCCAACAAAAGGCGGACCGGCGCCCUUCGUCAGCGACGGCACCGAUCUUAGCUGGACGACGGUGGCGAGCGCCAACUACGGGCUGUCGAUCCAGUGGAAACCUCCGCAGCCGACGACUUGGCUGGCGGACUUCAUCAAGAACAGCCUCACGGUGGCGGUGGGAUUCCUGCCCCUCGUCGGCCCGGUAGCGGCGGUCUGCUUCCCGCUCGCGUGGACCGCGAUCGUCGACCCCGAGGCCUUCGAUGGGAUCCUCAAGGAGCUCAUCCCCGUCGCGGACUUGGCGAUGAAAGUGGCGGGUGAUAUGCAGCGAAGCACCGAGGAGCAGGUGUACUAUCUGCCGCAGGAGUGGUCCGCCACC